AUGAUAAGUAAUAAUUUUACAAUUGUUUGUUUUAUUAGUAUUUCAUCAUCAUCAUCAUCAUCAUCAUCAUCAUCAUCAUCAUCAUCAUCAUCAUCAUCAUCAUCAUCAUCAUCAUCAUCAUCAUCAUCAUCAUCAUCAUCAUCAUCAUCAUCAUCAUCAUCAUCAUCAUCAUCAUCAUCAUCAUCAUCAUCAUCAUCAUCAUCAUCAUCAUCAUCAUCAUCAUCAUCAUCAUCAUCAUCAUCAUCAUCAUCAUCAUCAUCAUCAUCAUCAUCAUCAUCAUCAUCAUCAUCAUCACAUCAUCAUCAUCAUCAUCAUCAUCAUCAUCAUCAUCAUCAUCAUCAUCAUCAUCAUCAUCAUCAUCAUCAUCAUCAUCAUCAUCAUCAUCAUCAUCAUCAUCAUCAUCAUCAUCAUCAUCAUCAUCAUCAUCAUCAUCAUCAUCAUCAUCAUCAUCAUCAUCAUACAUAUUGCCUUCCUCCAGUGAAUUGA